UAAAUAAAUGACAUUUAGUUCAAUUUCGCUGAAGUCUUAAUAAUAAUACUCCGUUUCUAAUUUUGUGGGAUGAUUCAGGUAUGGUUUUCGAAUAGACGGGCGAAAUGGCGCAGAGAAGAGAAACUACGCACACAACGACGGCCUGCGCACAAUAUUGGAAACAGUAGCCGAACAAGUGCUGAAACACCUUCUAACAAUAGCUCCAUACCAAGUACAAGAAUUACAAAUUCAGUCUUAGGAAGUAUCGCAGACAACAAUUCUUCUAGUCAUACCCCAAAUUCGACUAGCGCCAAUGCAACAAAUAGCGAAGCAGCAGCUGCUACUUCUACGGCCCUUGUAACAGCGAGCAGUAAUAGUAGCACCAAUGUUAUUGAAGGCGCUGAAGGUCAUACGAAUUCGGUCAGUCCUCCAUUACAGGCUGUUGCUCCACGUCUUCCACUGAAUACUGGAUUUAAUUCAAUGUACUCUCCUAUACCUCAACCGAUUGCAACAAUGGCAGAAAAUUACAACAUUUAUAUCUAUCCUCACGUACAUUCUAGCUCAGUGACAUCAUCACUUAGUUCUAUGUCGACGUCAUGCCUGCACCAAAGAGACAGUUAUCCCUAUAUGUUUCAUGAUCCACUGUCGCUUGGCUCUGCUUACGUGGCCCACGCACGUCCGUCGUGUAACCCAUCUGCAGCACAUCAGCCGUCAGCACAACACUCUGUUUAUGGCAGCAACACCAGUGUCAGUGGAAAUAACACCGUGUAUACUUUGUAAAUCCAUUUAUUUUCUACGGUAGAAAAUCAAUCGUUUACUGGCGUGUUGUCGGCCGGUGUGUCCGUUCCGGUGCAAAUCCCCCCUCAAAAUAGUGGUGAAAUAAAUGGCACCAAUU